AUGGUCAAGCCUACACCGCAGGCGGCGGCGACGCAGCGCAAGGCGCGCCCGCCGCCGCCCCCGAUCCCAGAGGGCCGCAUCACGAUCCUCCAGUGGUGCGAGAAGAACAUCGGCCGCCGCGUGCCCAAGCUCCCGGACGUCGAGACGGCGGUUAGGACAGCCGCCGAAACAUCCGAAAAGAUCCGCAUCAACAGCGGCGCCGCGCCCACGGCGCAAGACCUGAGGGGCAUGGCGAAGGAGGCGGUGACGCGCAAGCUGGGCGGUUUGUCUGCUGCUUCUUCGUCAGGGAGAAAGAGCUCAACGGCGGUGCCGGGCGCUGUUGCAUCGGCAACAUCAGCAGCAGGCGUGCAACAGCAGGCAGAAACACCGCCAGGAACGCCGUCGUCAAGCAGCCCGUCGGCAACCUCGGACGUUCGGCGGGAGAUCGACGCCCUGAAGGAAGCACAAGCGGAGAUGCUCAGCCUCCAACAAACACCCCCCUCGGCGACAAGGGCAGCUGCUGAACCGUCCUCCGUAAGACCGACCAGUAAAACUACGUCCUCGCCCUUCAGAGUUGAGGUCCCCGCCGCCGCUCCGUCGUGGGGUUUCAAAGUCAGCUUGCCGGCCAUGCCGACCUUCGGAACCACAGGGAGGGACAACGUCGUCGCUCUGACCGGCCCGGCGUCUCAAAAGGGGCAAGGACCGAUAACGGACGGCCAGCCUGAGGCGGCAGACGAGCCGCGCAGCAGGGCAAAGAAACGAACCAAAUCCCGGAGAGUAGACGCGGCAGUCUCCGGAGCUACUGCUACUACCGCGGCCGUGGACCUGAAGGCAGAGCUGCGCGCAGAGUCCGAAAAGGCCGCGCUGCUGCCGUCCCCUCCGCAACGGGCGAAGCAGCAGCGGCAGCAGCCACCGGCGAUCUCCGGAGAUGUUGCUGCUGCGCCGAAGUACGUCGCCCCGGCGCCUCUGUAUGAACCGGCGGAGGAAGGGGUGACGUCAUCGACGUCGCCUGCGAAGGGGGUGGCGGAAGGCGUUCCUGGUGUUGGUGCGGGGGGGGAAGAGAAAAGCGGCGGGGGAUUGGAGGGGGUCACGGCGGCCGCGCGUGCCUCGCUGGAGAAGCUGGACUUGAGAGACGUCUCUCAACAGGUGAAACCUUUCACCGAAAAGGUCGGGAGUGCUUCCGAAGCCGGAGUGGCCGCGGUACUGGAGCAGGGUCGCGCCAGCUUGGAGAACCUCCAGGCAGAGGCGGACCGCAUCUCCGCACAAGUCGCUUCCCCGGUCGCAGACAAGCUCUCCGCCGGUAGCCGUCUCUCGGAGGCGUUUGGGCGCGGAAGGGACGGGGUCUUGAAGGCCGUCGGGGAGGCCGGGCGGGCCGUGGACCAGGGGGUGUCCGCGGUGUCGUCGAGAUCAGCUGUGGUGGUGGAUGGGCUUCCCGCCCUUAAAGGGCAAACCUCGGGACUGUCAGCACGGCUUCUCGAAACUUCGGGCCGAGCACUCUCCCGCGCCACCGGCACGGCAGGCGAGAUCUCCAAGAAGAUGUCCGGUGGCCUGGCGGACCUUGCAGGCCGCGGGCCCGAUAUACUCGCUCGGGUUAGGAGCAUCUCCGCUCGGCUCUUUUCUUCCGACGACCAGGACGGUGGUUUGGUCGGAGGCGUUACAGCGGAGGGGGCGGCGGCGGCGGCGGCGGUGGCGGUGGCGGUGGUUGCCGGAGGGGCCGCGACAGCUAUCGGUCGCAGCGGCAGCGGCGACGGCGGGGGGGUAGCAGAGACGGGGGCCGAAGGGAUUGCCGCCAGCGGUAACGCAGGCCGGCGGGGAGAUGCCGUGGUGGAGCAGGGCGAGGAGAGGCGGUUACAGCCGAUAGGAGGAGGAGAAGGAGGAAAUGGUGUGGCACCGGGGGAGGGGUGGCGGGACGGGGAAGAAGCGGAGGAGGAAGAGGAGGAGGGGGAAGGGGAGGUUCUUCAGCCGGUCGGCGUUAAGCUCGAGACCGGUGCUACGAAUGAUGGCGAGCGUUACGGGGAAGAGGCAAUGUCGGCUAGUAGCACAUUGUGGGAUAUGAUACGAGGAAGCGGCACGGGAGCGGGCGAUGCCGUGCGAGAGGUCUCCGAGGAAGAUUUGCUGGAGCGAGCUGCCGAGCUUGGCAAGGAACUUCGCGAAACUGCGGAGGGGCUGGAGGUUUUGAAGCACGAAGUGUCGUCGCUUCGCGAGUCCAUCCGGGAGAGCGAUUUAGAGGGCAGGGCGAGAGCCGUUGGGGAGCGACUGGCGUCCACACUGGAAGGAAAAACAACGAGUUAGCUUUCCAUCCAUCACAGCCGUAGCUCCACUUUUCGUUUGGAGGUAGUGUGGCCGAAAAGCUCACUCCUCCUGUAUAUUGAUAUUUGAUGUUUACCUCUAGCGCCGGGCAAAAGAGUGCGGCUAGGCCACCGGGCUUUGCACCAAGGCGUUUGUAUUCGACCCUUGCAUUCUCGACAGUUGUGGUUGGGUUCCUCAGUUCUUUUUUUUGGUUGGUUUAUUGUGUAUUUGCGGGGAAGCACGCGAGGAAGAGGGAGACGGAAGGAGAGGGAUGUUGGACGUCGGUUUAGCCACGAUUGUUUAUUACGAUAUUGAUGCUGAUUCAGUCAGCAUUUCCGAAGAAAUUCGCUUGCCGUUUUGGUGGUCGCGCACGACUCGUGCUAGUGCGUGAGACUGUUCGUCGUGCACGAGUUGGACUUGUUUUUGCAGCUGCGUGUCGAUU